GAGCUGUAUGUUUAAGCUAAGUAGUUAUGUACAAUUAAACUGAUGAUCAAACCAGUAUUUAUUGUUUAUGUUUUGGACGGACACAUUUUAGCCAGUGCGGCGGUAUAAAAAUCGCCGCAUCGAUUUGGAGAAAGAAGAUGUGCCAUAAAUAAUUCUUAGAAUCGGAGGUUUAUUGUAGUCUUUUAUCUAGCUAGCUAAAAUGGCAGCCCCCAUGAACACCGCGGUGUCUGCACCUAUGAUGAGCCAAAAACAACGCAAGGCGCUCUUGAAGAAAGAAAGAAGAAGUCGAAAACGCCAGGCGCUGGCUGAAGCUAGGCUCUCUGGCCAAGGCGAUGGAGACCAUGCACCAGAGGAAGAGGAAGAGGAUAACGACAGAGAGACUGAUACAGAAAGGCAGCAUCGGGAGUGGCUGGAGAGAGAGCUGCUCGCCCAGCAGGAGUUCAGACUGCAGAUGGAGAGAGAAGACACAGUGAGGAAGAAACAAGAGGAAGAGGAGAGGAGAAUCAAGGAGGAAUGGGAGGCAGAGCAGAGGAAGGAGCAGGAGGAGAAGGAGCAGAAACAGCAGCAGAAACAAGACAGAGAGGAGGCCGUUCGGACGAUGUUGGACCAGGCUGAGAGUCAGCUGGCUGCUGGGAACGGGGGUCCUUGGAUGAACGCGGAGCCGCCAGACUUUGGGACGGAGAAGGAUCGAGACAACUGCCCCUUCUUCAUCAAGACCGGAGCGUGCCGCUUCGGGGACAGAUGUUCCCGUAAGCACGUGCACCCAGAGUCCAGCCCAACCCUGUUGGUGCGGGGGAUGUUUGUGACGUUUGGAUUGGACCAGAGCCGGCGGGAUGACUACGACACGGACGCCUGUCUGGAGUACAGCGAGGAGGAAGUGCAGCAGCAGUUCCUGGAUUUCUACCAGGAUGUACUUCCUGAGUUCAGGACGGCGGGAAAGGUGCUGCAGUUCAAGGUGAGCUGCAACUAUGAGCCACAUCUGAGGGGAAACGUUUACGUGCAGUUUGAUACUGAGGAGCAGUGCAGGGAGGCCUUCAUGCUGUUCAAUGGGAGGUGGUAUGCAGGCAAACAACUUCAGUGCGAGUUGUGUCCUGUCACUAGGUGGAAGACAGCCAUAUGUGGCCUGUUCGACAGACAGAAGUGUCCUAAAGGAAAACAUUGUAACUUUCUGCACGUGUUCCGGAACCCUGGCAACGAGUUCUGGGAGGCGGACCGCGACCUUCACAUGUCUCCUGACCGGGGCGGGGGCUUCAGCGGCCGCUGGUCUGAGAGGCGAGAGAGAGAGGGGGGGGGGGGGGAUAGGAGGGCGAGUGAGAGGGGAAGUGAGAGGAGGAGCAGAGAGAGGGGGAGGGAGGGGAGGAGCAGGAGCAGAGAGAGAGGGAGUGAGAGGAGGAGCAGAGAGAGGGGGAGGGAGGGGAGGAGCAGAGAGAGGGGAAGUGAGAGGCGGAGCAGGAGCAGAGAGAGAGAACGGGGGGGUGGGAUGGAGAGAAGGAGCAGGGAUAGGAACGGGAGCAGAGAGAGGGGAAGUGAGAGGCGGAGCAGGAGCAGAGAGAGAGAACGGGGGGGUGGGAUGGAGAGAAGGAGCAGGGAUAGGAACGGGAGCAGAGAGAGGGCGAGAGAGAGGAGGAGCAGGGAGAAGAGGAGCCGAAGCAGAGAAAGGAGGAGCAGGAGUAGAGAGAGCAGUAGCCUAGGCAUAGAGAAGAGAAGCAGGAGGGAGGGAACAAGGAGCCCUGAGAAACCGAUCGUGGGAGACGCGACGCCGGAUGACAUCAUCACCCCGCGCCAGCACAAACACUCCAAGAAGAGCAAGAAGAGUAAAAAGAAGAAACACAAGAAGAAGAAGAAGAAGAGUCUGUUGCCUGGAGACUCGUCCGGAGAUUCGGGGAAGGAGUCCGGGGAUGACGAAGAUGCACCGGAGGUGGUUCUGAUUCCAGGAGACCUGGGUUCUAAACCCACUAAUCACACAGGAACUGAGGAGACUGAAGCUGCAGGAGAAGAGGCUGUCUCUCCAGACCCACCAGACCCGCCUCUGGAGACACACAGCGUGCUUAGCCCCACCCCUAGAGACCCAGAGCCAAUCAGCUACCCCCUUGAAGACCCACAGCCAGCCAACCCCCCCCUCAAAACUUCUAGCCCCGCCCCUGUAGAGACCGAGACCACACCCUUCUCUGCAUGUGCUGAAGAUACAUCCGUACCUCCCCUCAGUGGAGUAGAGCUCAUCUAAUCACUGAUUGGACUGACAGCAUCCGUAGACAGGAAGUAUGGCACUAUUGGACAAGGAUUGUUACAUCCAUAAUUGCUGGGUUGUCAUGUGAUAAUUGUGUACAUGAGUGUAAAUAAAAGUUGUUGUUUUUU